AAACAUUUUGCAUUUGCUUGCACCUCCUUAAAUGAGAUCCUUUCAAGUCAAAUAGCAAUCAUAAUCUUUUUUUCCAAAUCGGACGGUUGAUAAGAAUCCAAAGUUGAUCCUUAAUCUUUUGGGUUUUCAAUGGGACCCACGUCAGAAUAGAACGUUGGGGGAGAAAGAAAAAGCAGAAAUAAAUUAAACCAAAGCUAAAGGGUCUUUUUCUUCCACUAUUCUCUCUCAUUUUUUUAGACCGUUACAAUCCGAAAUCUUUUAAUAAUUUCAAAGUGGAGAAAAGCUGAACCAGAAACUAACUACAGAAACAAUUAAUAAUCUCAAUCAAAGCCAAAGCUCUGCAAUCAAUACUGAAAACGGAGCCCGACCUCGAAUUCCUCAACAAUGGCAGAGACCAACGGCUCUUUACUACGAACCACCCACCAUCAUCUUCAUACAGACCCUGCUCCUCUUCAUUCUCUUCUCCAUUCUCUCGACCCCAUCUCUCUCAUCCUCUCUCAGAAUUCCUAUUCAGAACAGCCCGUUCCAUUGAAGCUCACGACAGAGAGCUACAUCAUGGAGAGAGGACCACGAUACACAGCCUACGCAGAGCUCAGGGAAUCGAGGCUCAGAAUGAAGAACGCGAGGCCACCCCAGCAAGAACUCGACGAGCCAGAAUUCAAACUCACCCCACAGAAGAAACAAGUCAGGUUUCAGACUAGUUUGACCAGUGGCCGAAAAGGGUCCUCUGUUGUCGCUCAAUCAGUGCCGGACUUCUCUGCCGUGCUGAGGAAAGAGAACCGGAAGCCAUCGAAUCUUCCGCCGACGAUGGAAAUGACUCCUCCGGGGAAGACUUGGUCGAAGGUUGGCAGCAAGGUUUUGGCGAAUUCGAGAGGGAGUAAGUCAGCGAAUGGUGGGGAUAAGAAGAGUUUAAUGGCGAGAAAGAGCUAUGCAAGUCUUGAGGAGUUGAAGGGGCUUUCUUCGGCGGCGUCUAAUGCCAUCAAUGGCGAGAACAGAGCUAUUCACAGAGGUGGAAGACAGACUGUUUUGGCGUAUAGAGCGUUUUAAUUAUCAUUUUGUCAUUUGAGUUGUGGUUUGAUUCUUCUUCAUUCAACUUGUUUCUUUUUCUUGUUCUUUUUUUUUUUUUUUUGGUUAUUUCAUUUUUUGAUCAUGUUUGAUUACCACUAUUGUUGUGUAAAAAAAAGCAUUGGGAGAUCUCAGUUUUUGGAUAUUAAAAAUAGUAAGGAAAGAGAUGAUUGGAUUUA